CAGGCACAGGUCGAGCAGCAGGUAGUACGGCGCGCGGUGCAGGCUGCGCUCCCGCACGAUGAGCAGCGCGAACAGCACGUUGCCCGCCAGGCUCACGCACAGCAGCAGGCUGAGCGUGGCCAGCCUAAGGCCCAGCGCGGCAGCCUCGGCCCCUCCGCCGCUGCCGCCGCCGCCCGGCUCACUAGCGUUCGCCAUCGCGGCCGUGCUCCUCCUCCUCCCCGCCGGCCCUCGCCGCUCGCCGUAGGCCGCCCCGGGGCCUGCGCUCCUCCACGCUAGCUCUCCCGGCCCGCGGGGUUGUCAGCCCGCGCCCGGCCGGCCCUGCCCCGGGGGCUCGGCGCGCCUCGGCCGCGCCGCCGCCGCCGCCAUCUCAGUCGCGGUGCGCGCAGGAGGCGACGGCCACUCCCUGCGCCCUGGGCGCGGCGGGCUUCACUGCGGGCAGGCCUGCAGCCCCCCGCAUGCUCCGCGUCCUCCUCCCGUUCCUCCUCCGCCGCCGCGCCUCUUGGCUCUGCCCCCCGCCGGGCCCGCCGCUGCCGCUGCCGCUGCCGCCGCCUUCGCCACCGCCUUCGCCGCCGCCGCCGAGCCCCCUCCCCUCCGCCGGAGCGCGCAGCGUGGCCGCCGCCGCCAGUCCCGCCGAGGCAUCCCGCGCCGCACCGGGCCUGACUGGGCUGGGGGCGCCGUUGCGACAGCCGGGAGGGGAGGCAGGGCCCAGGACGCGAGGUGGCGACAAGUCGCGUUUGGCCCCAGAUCACUCCCUGGUGCCACAGCAGCCGAGUGUGCCUCGAAUCUGAAGAAAAUCUACACGGUACAAACAGUGCAGAUAUUCUGGAGUGUAUACAAUAACAUCCCUCCUGUGACCAGCCUGCCUUUGAGAUGUAGUUAUCACUUAAUGAGAGGAGAGAGGCGACCACUUUGGGAGGAGGAGAGUAAUGCGAAGGGUGGCGUGUGGAAGAUGAAAGUUCCCAAGGACAGCACGUCCACAGUUUGGAAAGAAUUGUUGUUAGCGACCAUUGGAGAGCAGUUCACAGACUGUGCUGCAGCAGAUGACGAGAUCAUCGGAGUCAGCGUGAGUGUGCGGGACCGAGAGGAUGUCGUCCAGGUGUGGAAUGUCAACGCCUCACUAGUGGGCGAAGCGACUGUGCUAGAGAAGAUCCACCAGCUCCUGCCCCACAUAGCUUUUAAAGCAGUGUUUUAUAAACCCCAUGAAGAGCAUCAUGCUUUUGAAGGUGGACGUGGAAAACACUAAUUGCACUCUGUAAAGAAUUCUUUGUCCUUUGCUGAUUGGUUUUGGAAACGGUCUUAACAGGAGGGAGAGUGAAGAGAAGACUUGCCGAAGCCCGAUGCUGGUCCAUUUAGAGUGGGUUUCUGUCCUUGCAAACCGGGCCAUUAGGACUCAAAGUGGCAGGUGGGGUUGGGGAAGAAGGUGCGGGUUUCUGCCAUCGUAUCACUUGCUUUAAAGAGAAAGAGUGAGAGAAGAAAGAAAGAAAGAAAGAAAGAAAGAAAGAAAGAAAGAAAGAAAGAAAGAAAGAAAGAAAGAAAAGAAAGAAAGACUUUCUUAAAGCUUUCCAAAUUCUCUGGGUUUUUUUGCACUCUUCCCCUCCCCAUAAGAUUCCUUAUUCAGGGUAAUUAUUGUUUUCUGCCCACCCUUUCAUUGAGGCAUAAGAGUUGGGUUUCCCCUUCAGUGACUCUACUGUACCUUGUUAAGGAACAUAGCCGCCACAGGACUGCCUGUGAAGCCACAGGGCACCAGGAGGAGGCCUAGCCUAGCAAAACCCUUUUUCUGAUAAAUUGUUGUGACACUUCCCUGCAUAUUGUGAGCUGGGCAUUGUUUCUUUUGUGUGUGUGUUCCGUAGAAAGCACACUCAAUUGAUAGCACACACAUCUUAAAACCCCUUUAAAAAGCAGUAUAAGGAAAAUAAAUUGUUGGUUUGCCUAAAAUGAAAACUUUAAUCACAAUUGGGUGUCAGGCUCCAAAUCAAACUCUAGGUUUUGGGGGCCUACAGUGUAAGUAUUUCUAACCAGAAUUCCCCCUCCCCACCAUAUCUGACCCUUUCAACAAAAGACCCAAUGAUUUGUCCUGAGAGGAAACCUUCUAUUUCUGAUUUAUAGAGGAGGCGAUGUGUAUUAAUUGUGGGGAGUAGAGCUUCUUCCAUGUUGCAGCAUGUUUACCCAAACCAAUUCUCACAUCUUUUGUUAAGUGAGCCGGCUUUCCUGCCCCUGUCACGUGUCCUUUCUGAAAACCGAUGGCCUUCCUGCAGAGGCGUCUUUCCCCUCAUCUGUGCACUUACAGGAAGCACCUAGCCACUCACACAGCUGCCCUUGAGUGCAUCUCAUUCCUGUGGACUGUGUUAUUCGAUAUUGGAUUAUAGUACCAAAGAAAUACUGCCUUCAGUAGAAGAAAACCUUUCAGAGCCUCCCAGCUCCUCCCAGAUGUUCCCCGGUUCCCUCUCAUCUUUGCCCCACCCCUGGUCAUUUUCCUUCAGAAAGGGCUUCUCCCCUGCGGGCUUGGGUCAGAUCCAUGGGCCAGUGUGCAGCUUCUGUUCUUCUCAAAAGGGCGAAUUUUUAAUUCCCCUUGCACUGUGGGAAGGAGAGGUGGGGUUACACUAAGCCUUCCACAUGCAUUUGUAAAUAAAAUUCCCAUUCAGAUAUUUCAGAUGGCUCUCGGUAGCAUCUGUUUAUAAAAAGUCAGGGGCCUCCACUUGCAUUGCUAAACAGGAAGCCAAAUUAAUUAGUGGUCAGAGCGUAAGAGGCGCUUCUUUCCCAACCUUAAGUCCCUCCACGGUUUCACUCAUGAGGGGCUCGGAUCCUUCUUGUCUCAAUGACGUGCAUUUCUCUGAACAGUUUCUAAACUUGUUUUAAAACUAUAACUCAAGGACUUUAAAACUUACUGUAGACACAAUUCCUUUUUAUAAUAUAAGUAUUUUUUUCUGACAGAUUAGCACAAAGGAUAUAAUUGACUUCAAUAUUAUAAUUGUCAUAUGCAUAUAUAUAUUUCCAUAAGUAAAUAAAUUUUGAGAAAAUUUUAUUUUUGAACUUUAUUUAAAGCAUUUGUGAUAACAUGUUCAAAUUUUGCGUGUAUGUAGCUUUUGAAGUAAAAAUAAAAUAAAAUAAAUAGGAAUGUUAGGCUCAUGUUAAUGCUUUCGAGUUUCUAUUGUUUAUGAACACAAAACAUGACAACCACACAAAGCAGUUGGUUUGGUUUUGGUUUUGGUUUUUUGUCCCAGUGGACUUGUGCACCUGUUUCUCUUUGGGAAAUGCUAACCACGAGAAGGAUUUAACCUGACCAAUGUUCAGAACCUGACUCUGAAUCACUUUGAGUAGAUUUUGUCAACUUUUGCUCUGGAAAUGGUUUUGAUUGAAUAUUUAGUCAUGAUUGACCGAGAACUAAGCUGACCUAAGCAGUUUAAAGCCUUUCGUUGCCUCCUGACAGAAGCUGAUGAUUGGGAGAUAGAGGCAACAUUUGGGGCACAUGACUCAGAGUCAGAGCAGUUCAGCCAUCUUGGCAGCUGCUGGGGCAAGUGGAGAACCCAGUAGAAUCUUGGUCCUUCAGCCAAGUCCUGCAGGUGCAGCCCUGGCUAUUCUGCAGAAUGCUACACAGAAACCAAGGGGCUUGCAUCCUUCUCCUGUAAGUCUGUGAGGUGAGCCAGGAAUCAGGCUGAAGCCAGUGUGUUUUCUUCUCUGUCCUACGAUCCCCUUGAUUGCUACAGUAUAGGCUCUUGCCUACAUUGGGAGAGAUCCACCCCUGAAUCAGGACAACUAGGAGCCACGAAAGACCUGCCCCUGAAGUAUUUCUGUGACGUGACUUUUGUGAGCACUUUCUGAAAGUUUUUAAGAUUUUCUUUUCUCCCUAGCCAUCUCCUCUUUCUGAACUGACCUAGCAAACCUGCAAUGCUGUAAUUUAAUUCAUGGUCCCCUUGACAGAGAACGAGCACAAGAAGGAAAACAAGACUCUGAGAAACCGUAAGGUUAAGUUUACUAGACUGUCCUUAGCGCCCCCCCAUUCUUUGCUUUAAUAUGCCUGCACUGUAAAUACAGUUAUAAAACUUGGCCAUCAGAAAGAACUUUAGAUGCUAAUUGCAUUCAGUAGACACAAUAUACUGUAUAGCAGCUGAGCCUUGACUGAACUUGUCUCUGGUUGAAGGAUAGAGAUCUAGCCAUCAGGAGAGCUGGGCAUCAAAGUCUGUGACUUGUGAUCUACACAGGCUUCUGUGUCAGGAAGACAGUGGCAUCUGUCUGCCUGUCCUUCCCUGCAGGUCAUCCUGGUCAGCACUGAGCCUCUGACCCACUCUGGCUAACAUUACAGCGCAUGCUCAGAUGUCCUCGUGACACCAGCUGCUUGUCCUCACUCCCUCUACUGACUGAAUGGCAUUAGAUUUGGGGUCUAGAGACCACUGUAGUGUGACAGAUGCUCCACUCCCCACGAAUUCCAACUUUCCUAUGCACACAAAGCUGACAGCAUUUGCAAUGAUCACAUGGUGGCGCUGCCCUCCAGCUGACAGUUCUGAACCAGCGCUCCUGUGGGGGGGGGGAGGGGCGGGGGGAAUAUUUUAAGAGCUUGCUGCCUGCUGCUCUAGGGCUUUACAAAACUUUCUUUAGAGAGCAUACAAAUCAUAUUUAGCGAUAGACAUUGAAUUCUCAUAUGCCUAAUAGAAACAAAUCACAGACAGAAUGCUGUAGACACACUUUUAAAAAUCUCAGCUCCCAGCCUGCUCUUGGCUUUUUAAGUACUGAUAGAUAGGGGGAAAAAAACCCACAUAAGAGUAUAGGGAAAUGUUUUAUCAAUAUCUGAUUAGCAUGGCUAAUGAUGAACUAUUAGGGUUCCUUUCUUUUUCGAUAGAUAUAGAAUGCCUUUAAGAAUGCAAAUUUGCCCUUCCCCUCCCCUGCGAAAGGAAAGAGGAGUGCCUUACGUGGUUUCUGUAUCACUUUAGCUUACUCUUCAGAGUUUGGAAGACUCACAGAGUAUAAAAGGGGGAACAGAGAACAAACAGAAAAAUGCUUUAGAAAUGAGCAGAUAGGGCAGUUAGGUGGGUCCCCGCCUCAAGAAAAACCCUAAACCGAUUCCUUAACCAUCUGACUAGAGACUGGAGGUUAGCAUUUCCGUUUGUUUUUAUUUUGCAUAUGAAUGAUCAUGAAGAAUUCUUUCAUUAAUCUGCUGAGGCCAGAAGUCUUCAUCCUUCAUGGUGCUGACAAGACUCUCAAUUUUAAAGAGAUCCCAAGGACACAGAAUUUGAGAGUGGAAGGGACCUUUGAGAUCAUCCGGCAGUGUGUCUUGACUGCUUAGUGGGCAGAAGGACCACUGUGGCCCUAGCUUAUCAAGCAUGUUCCCUGGCUGCCCCCUGCAGCUUUGGGCGUCUGCAUUGUGAGCUAGCACCCUAUAACUCUAAUGAAGGCCUUGAGGCCUUAAGACUUUGAGAACCUGCAAUUAUAUCCAACUUCUGCAUACUACCGGUGAGGACACCCACCCAAGCUCUCCAAGAUACCCUGAUAGCAGGGUUAUCACACCAACAGUCCUAAAAAAAAAUCACUACUCAAAGGGAAGAUAAAAAUAAGAACGUUAUAGCUAGGAACACAGUGAUAGAGCCGUGGUUCUUCUCUUUUCUAAAUAACAUUCUAGCCUGUUAAGAGAAGAAAAAUUAAUGUUCAGAAAAAAGUAGCUACUCCAUAUGUGCAGUAACUACUUUUCUAUAAUGUCUUAUGGCAUCUGGGGUUCAGCAUCAUUGAACAAGAUUAAAUGAAUGUUACAGAGCUAUAAAAGCGCAUGUAAAAUACCGCAAAACUGUUCGGAGGACUAUCAAAGUAGCCUGGGAAUGAGUUCCCACUAAAAUUAAUUGUCACUUUCUAAACGUAGCUUAGCCAAGCUGUUACUAAACUGGAGGGAGUCUUUAAUACAUACAAGUGUUAAAAAGGAAUCAGAUAGGCGCUCCCCAGAGCAUGUGGAUGGGAGGCAGAGGUCAUCGUGAAGUCAGUACGUUUUGUCCAUCAUUGCUGCUGAAAUUUAUAGUCUCAUUGUAUCUGUGUGUGUCAGAUGUGCUUAUUAGAAUAUCCAAUAAACUGACCUUUGGAUAUUCUAUGCUCUGUGUCCUUCUGAAAUCAUGGGGUUAUAGGAAUGUGUGUUAUAUGUUAUUGUUUUGGUUGAUUCAUUUGAUGAAACACAACAUUUCCAAUUUUACCUUUGAACAUUAAAGUUGGAUUUUUUUUUCUUUGAA